AUGAAUGAGAAAGCCGCAUCAUGUUCUAUCCCAAAUAGCAAUGAGCGAGUCGACAACGAUCGACAGCUGUCCCCUUCGCCGCCGCUAGGACUCCCACCCCCAUCAGUUCAGCUCGAUGAUCACGAAUCAAUGAUCGACGGGGGCACGGUGGCAUGGAUGAAUGUGCUUGCUGGUUUCUGCGUAUUUGUGAAUUCAUGGGGCGUGUUGACUACCUUUGGCGCCUUUCAAGAAUAUUAUCAGACCGAGUUGCUGACCGAUCAGUCGCCUUCGUCCAUCUCGUGGGUGGGCAGUGUUCAAGCAACGCUGAUCCCUAUGGUUGGCAUCAUCUCGGGUCCGCUGGUCGAUUCGGGCCAUGUUCGACCUUUGAUAACCAUGGGCAGUUUUCUCACAGUCUUGGGCUUGAUGAUGACCAGCAUUGCGACGCGGUAUUAUCAGGUCCUCCUAGCACAAGGAUUCUGCGUCGGCAUCGGCGGUGGCAUCAGCUACAUUCCAGCAUUGACCAUGGUCUCGACCCGCUUCACCACUAGACGGCCGAUUGCGAUUGGCAUCGCCUCGGUAGGAUCAAGCGUCGGGGCAGUCGUCUUCCCAGUCAUGUUUCGUCAACUACAGCCUCGAAUUGGCUUCCCCUGGGCCGUGCGAAGCAUCGCAUUUGUAGCGCUGCUCACGGGGUUGAUUGCCUGUGUGAUCCUCUGUCGCCAGCAUCCACCCAAGACUCGGGCCCGAAGUCUGAUUGACUGGACCGCCUUUGGCGAAUGGCCGUUUAUGUUGUUGUCCGUGUCCCUGACCUGCGUCAUGUUAGCCUACUAUGUGCCCAUCUUUUAUAUCGCCUCGUAUGCUCGCACUGUGGUCCACACGACGACGAGCCUCUCCUUUUAUAUGGUCGCCAUUGUGAAUGGCUCGUCUGUCAUUGGACGCAUCGUUCCUUAUCUCCUGGUUCGCUACGUGAAUCCCAUGACAAUCGUGAUUCUCGGCGUGACGGGCUCGGCGAUCGCCAUGUUCACCUGGGUUGCGGUUUCAGAUCUGCCCGGUUUCAUUGUGUGGGCGUGCUACUGGGGUAGCUUGAGUGGGAUUCUAGUUACCGGGCCGACCUCGAUUCUGGCACAUCCCGUGUUUUGUCCCGAUAUCAAGUAUAUAGGGACCCGUCUCGGCAUGAUGUGGGGGAUCUCAUCCUUGGGUUCGCUAGCGGGCACUCCAAUCGCCGGGGCACUGGUGAAUCUGGAGACGGCCAAUUUCUUACAUGCCCAGGUCUUUGCAGGAUGUGUCAUGGUGGGUGCAGUAUCGUUGCAAUUGUGGCCAUUUGUUCAAACACGCCUGUAUGAUCGGAAUCAUCGGCCAUCGCCAAGCCAGACAGUAUGA